GGAGAGCAGAAGGGAACAGCCUAGGAUGGGCGGGGUAGCCGCGUCGCCCCCACGUGACGCCGAACACUCCGGAGGCCGGCGGGCUUCCUCCUCGUUCACACCCCCCCUCCCCUCCUUCAGUACUCUGCCGCCGUUGAGAGCCUCGCGUCGGCCUAGGGUCCCCUUCCUCUCCGCACGUUGACUGACUGACUGGCCGGCCGAAGUGCCUCUCGUGGCCAUGGCGACCGGGCGUCCUUUCCAGCUGGUGGUGUUCGGGGCCUCGGGCUUCACGGGCCAGUUCGUGGUCGAGGAGGUGGCGCGGGUGGCGGCCGAGGAUGAGAUGCGAGGCUCGCUGCGCUGGGCCGUAGCCGGCAGGAGCAAGGAUAAGCUGGAGGCUGUGGUCGAAAGAGCGGCGGAGAAGCUGGGGAAGGCAGAGCUGAAGUCAGAAGUUGGCAUAAUACUGUGUGAUGUCAGUGAUCCAUCCUCUCUUGCCAGUAUGGCUAAACAAACAGCUAUUAUUCUGAAUUGUGUAGGCCCUUACAGAUUUUUUGGAGAACCUGUGGUGAAAGCUUGUGUUGAGAAUGGUACAAGCUGUGUUGAUAUUAGUGGAGAACCUCAGUUUCUGGAAGGAAUGUAUCUGAAUUAUAAUGACAAAGCUGCUGAAAAAGGAGUAUAUAUUGUUGGAAGCUGUGGCUUUGAUUCGAUUCCAGCAGAUAUGGGAGUAUUGUACACCAGAAACAAUUUGAAAGGUACCUUAACUGCAGUUGAAAGCUUCCUGACUGUAAAAUCUGGCCCUGAGGGUGCUUGUAUUCACGAUGGGACCUGGAAGUCAGUUGUAUAUGGCCUUGCUGAUCAAGAAAAAUUGAAGCAAGUUCGAAGGCAGAUAGGACACAAACCCCUUCCAGUGAUUGGAGCAAAACUUAGGAGAAGAGGUGCUGUGUUUUACAGUAAUGAACUCAAAAAUUAUUCCAUUCCAUUUAUGGGAUCAGAUGCUUCUGUAGUAAAGCGAACUCAGCGCUACUUGCACACGCAUUUGCAAGAAACACCUGUACAGUAUGGUGCUUACGCAACUGUGGGUGGCAUUGGAUCUGUUAUUAAGCUGAUGUUUGCUGGCUUCUUAUUUUUAAUGCUUGUGAAGUUUGAUUUUGGAAGAAAGCUCCUGCUAAAAUAUCCUGAAUUCUUCUCUGGAGGAUACUUUACAAAGGAAGGACCAACAGAAAAACAAAUGGAAGGGUCUUCCUUUGAAAUGACAUUUUUUGGUGAGGGAUACAGCUCUGGCCAAGAUCCACAGCAAGGCAAACCAAAUGUAAAGAUUUGCACCCAAGUGAAAGGACCAGAAGCUGGCUAUGUUGCUACACCCAUAGCAAUGGUCCAGGCAGCUGUGGCACUUCUGAAGGACAAGAGUUCUCUUCCUAAACAAGGUGGUGUUUAUUCUCCUGGAGCUGCAUUCUCUAAUACGAAACUCAUUGAGAGGCUUAACAAGCAUGGAAUUGAGUUUUCUGUUAUUAGCAAACCUGAAGCCUGAAGUGAGAAUACAUUCUGAAGAGACUGCAUGACCAACUCAUUUCUGUAUGGUACCCGUAUACCAGAAAAGCUUAGUUAACAGUUAUGUUUAAUAAAAUAUUUACAAAACAAUUGUAUGUAAAUAUAAAAACCUGUUUUCUACUGUUGCUUGUAAUAGAAGACUGACUCUUCGCUAUUGAAAAUGUGUAUUAGGGAUAACUGCAGUGUAGCAGUGGUUAACUUAUCGAAAAGAUCACUACAUCCGUUAUCAGUGCUAGAACAAAGUGCUUCUUAGAAACAAAGGCUUGAAAUUAACACUAGUCUAAUGUAAACUAGCUAAUCUAGGUUAUGGGUUUUUUUUCAUUCCCCCAAAUCACCAUGCAAGUAGCACUUAAUUUUUUGGGAAGUAAAAGAGUUGUGUUCCUGAUUUGUACUGUAAGUGAAUAAUCUGUGCCUUAACUAAUCAACUCACUUAUUUGUUGAAAGAGAGCAGGAACAAGUGUGUUUAUGAAGAGCAGAAUCAACCUGUAGGAGCAAAAGGCUGACUCUAGUAACUUUGAGUUAAGUUGUCCAAGCACUUCUUCACACACAGCCCUCUAACCAAUUAAAGAUACUCAUAAUUAAGGCUGUAUGUCUAUGCAUCCUUAGUCAGGGGACCAUUAUGCAUGUUUAAUCAGAAAUGUCCUGUUGACAUCAUUGGAGUAAAUUGGUUAAGUCUCAUUACUUUCAGUGGGAUCUAGUUGUAACCAACUCUAACUAGAUUGAGGCCAAAUGUUUUUCUACAUCAAACUGAUCUUGGUCUAGGAGAAAAUAUUUGCACUAUCAUUUGAAUAGUAGCUUUAUAAUCUAAAUAAACAUAUCUGAUCAGUUGCAGUUUGGUAUUCCGUUCCUACAAUAAUAACUUAGGACUUGUUAUCAUGAAAGUAUAUAACAGUUUUGGAAGGUUAUAUGGGAGCACAAUUACCCCCCAUGCUCAUGAGAAGGGAGCAGCUCAAAGACACCAUCUCAGCCCAGGCACCCCACCCCACAGAGAUUAUUUAGAAUUAGGAGGCCCUUGAUCACUUUCCAUCCACCAAGUCCAAAGGUUAUAGCUGUAUUAAGUUUUAGGUAAGGAUCUUGGAGGGAAGUGGAACAUAUAUAUCAAAAGCAUACACUGGCUUUUUUUUUUUUUAAUAAGUAACAACCAAAACAUUCUAAUGCAGUCAUUAUCUUACAGCUAGUAGUGGUAAGUGUGUGUAUUGUGACCCUGAUUGGUACUGAGAAAUGAUGAGUUGCUUAAGCAAUGCUAUAGACUAAAUUUAUUUGUUAUUUCAGUGACAUGCAUCUUCAGGGCUUGCUGUAACCUAAUCUCUCUCGUUUCUUUUUAAUUAUUAUGGCAACAUCAUUUUUCAGUUUGUUUAUACAUGACUCAAGUUGUUCUCCAAAAUCCUUUAACAUGUGUGAUUGUCUCUCCGCAAAAAGCCGAAGUAGUUGUGCAUUAUCUUCCUCCUGGAAAUAAAAUAAACAGUAGUAUUCUCUGCA